AUGGCGUGUUGCCCCGGGUGGCUGCACUGUUCUAGUAUGUCGCGCUUCCGGCGAUGUCAAACCAUUCCCUACCCUCGGAACCCGGCCUUUUUCGGGAGAAACGAUAUCUUGCAGGCCAUCUCGGUGGCCUUUGAGGGGCAGACAUUGCGACCGGCAUCGGUGGCCAUUUGGGGCACCGGCGGUAUUGGAAAGACACAUAUUGCCCUCGAAUUCGCCCACAGACUGUGGUUGAGCGGAGAGGAAACCAUCUUGUGGAUCUCUAGCGAGACGACAGCCGAGGUCUCCAAGUCCUUCAACGAUGCGGCCAAGGCGCUUGAACUCGAAAAGUAUUCCGCCGUCAAUACCCCGCGCCGGAAUAGACAGUUGGUGUUCCAGUGGCUUCAGCAUACAGGCGAAUACAAGUCUAAUUGGUUGGGUUGUAUAGAUGUGCCUUGGUUGUUAGUCCUUGACAACGUCGGCAGCUAUGAGGCCGUUAUCCAAAACUGGCCAACGGUUGGGAAUGGCAAGGUCCUCGUGACUUGCCGCAACACCUUUGUAGCAGAAGCGAAUACUAUUGCAAUCGCAAUCGAAGUCCCGGCCUUUACAGUUGCCCAAAGUACCGAAAUGAUCCACAAGAUCAUAAACAAAAGGUCGGUGCCUGGGGGUAGCAACCAGCUCGAGGAGGACGCGACAAACCAGCUGUCUGUCAGACUUGGGGGGCUCCCACUUGCCAUUGACACUAUUGCCAAGCAGAUCAAGCUUUCUCCAAGAUUCAAAUCCGUUGCAGGAUAUUUGGUGUACUACGGAGGGAACCAGGAGCCGGCCCUGAAGCGACGGAAGCGAGGGGGUGAGGAUCCGUGGUACCCUCGGGACCUGCAUAAUCUUUGGCAGCCGGCCUUCGACAAACUUAGCGAAGAUGCUACGGAACUGAUGGGUAUGAUCUGCUUCAUGCACCCCGAGGCAAUUCCGUCAUUUCUUUUCCACGGAAAAGACUGGUCUAUGCUCCGCCCACGUUGGGAGUCCUUGGAAGAUGAAGAAAGAGUUGAGGAAGCUACUAACAUCCUCCUGGAGUCUGCCCUGGUCGGCAUUAACAACGAAACAGGCACUAUCGCGGUGCACCGUCUAAUCCAAGACAGCUACUUCCUCCAGAUGACGGCAGAAAGUCGCCUCAAGUCUUUCCAUUCCACCCUUACCCUGCUUCGGACUCACUUCCCUUCACAAGAGUCGGAUGGGGUACGUCACUUUUACACAAAAUGGGAUUUAUGCGCCCGUUUGCAUCAACACAUUGUCGCAUUUCGCGAUCGUUGCCAAUCUGGGAAAUGCCGUGGUACACUCCCAACAAACGAGCCAGCGUUUAUCGACCUUAUCCGUGACGAUGCUUGGUACAUGGUUGAGACAGAACAGUUUCUUCAGGCCGAGACGGCUCUCCUGUCCAUCCUCGGCGAUCUCGACAAGGGGUCCCUCCUCGCUGCUACCAUCCAGCGAGGCCUGCUUGGACUGUACGAACGGACAGGCAGAAGCGUCAAAGCAUGUGCCGCUGCUGAAAUCGAGUUCGAAAUACUGGAAAAGCAUGGCGUCUCCGAAGGCAAUGACGCGGCCAACGCCAAGAGCAAUGUCGGUUACGCCAGGACCUCGGCACUCAGGGCUGCAGAAGGUCUGAAGUACCUCGAUGCAGCAGUGGCAAUAGCCAGGUCGUACCCUGAGCCGGAGUGCUACGAGGACUUCAAUAUCGACCGCUUCCUGAGGAACAGGGGCCGCUGCAAGAUGCAGCUAAAACAGUUCGACGAGGCUCUUCGGGACUUUGACGAGGCGGAAUACUUCCAGGACAAGGUGCAUGGCCCUGACAGCCACUACCACGGAGAGACAAAACACGAACGCUCCAAAAUCGCCGCCUGGCGCGGCAACCUAACCUUAGCCGCGCAACUCAGCCGCGAAGCCCACGCCCUCGUCUCGGCCGGAAAGCCCACCCACGCGAGCGUCAUGGCGGCAUUGUACCGCCAGGGCUGGAUCGCCAUGCUCCAAGGCGACUACAACGACGACUACGACAACUACAACGCAGCACUGCAGCUGUUCGAGAAGGCGCUGGCCAUCUGCCAGCUCAACGAGCCGCACCGGGGCAACGCGGGCGAAUCGGCGCGAGUUUGGUGGCGCAUGGCGCAGGUUUAUGAGCGGAAGGGAAUGGAGGAGGAGUGGCGGCUGAGGGACAUGGCGGAGAGGGUGAGGAGGGAGUUGGUGGUGACGGGGGAUUAUGUGGUUGUGAAGGGUGGUGAUGAUGAUGAGGAGGAGGAGGCGGGGUGGGAUGCGUUGGUUGGGCUGCUUUAUCGGUGA